CUUGGAUGAGGUUCUGUUUAUAUACUAUCAACAGAUAAGGUUAUUACGUUAUGGGAAGUUGCCUGUUCUUAAGCCAUAAAAUGUUAUUUCCCGCACUUGUCCUUUAACUCAAGGAUACUUUAAAUAGUAUGACCAGAUAGCUUAUUUCUAGUGUGGUUUACUGGCUUCAGUUAAAAUGUUCAUUUUUCGGAACACAAUAUCAGUCUCUAAAUUAAAAUCACUUUCCAAAACCUUUGGAUGCAGUUUUUCCUCACUGAGAUACACUCUAACAUCUAAGUUGAGGGAAACAAAUUCAAAGAAUGUUUUUAGGAAUAAUUUAGGUUGUAACACAUUCUCUCCUUGUAUUAAUAGAUUUUUAUCUGCAGAAGCAUCCUUGAAGGAACCUUCCUAUGAAAUUGAUAUGCAGUCUAUCACUGAUGGUAAUGAGAAUUUGCUUAAAAAGUUAAAAGUUCUUAUGUUAGAAGUUGAAGUUAUGAGGCAAGAAGGCCAAAGAGUUCCAUCAGAGCUGACAAAUGAAAAAUGGAAAGAGUUGCUUGCAUUGCCUUCCAGAUCUCAAAGAAUUAAACAACUGGUUUUUUGGUGUACGAUUGAGAAGAAGAAAAUGAGCAGAAUGAAAAAAAAAGAACAGCAGCGAAGUGAACGUGAAGCUGAUAUGGAUGCUACUUCUGAAGAUAGAAAGAAGACCGAUCAUAUAUAUUAUGGAUUUGGAGGAUCAACAAUUUUUUUAAGGAUAUAUGAUUCCACUAUUGAUUAUUAUAUGAACCAAAAACUAAUUCGAGCAAUGAUGUUCGGUCAAAAGCUAGUUAUUGAUUGUAGUUAUGAUGAACAUAUGACUCCCAAAGAGGCAGCCCUUUGUGCUAAGCAACUGACUUAUUUGUUUGCUGAAAACCGCCUGUCUGACGAUCCAUUUGAUUUGUACUUUUGUAAUGCUGAUAAAAAUUCUAAGUUGAUACAAAGACUGACUAAGUACAUACCAACAGUGCAUGAUGAGACUUUUCCUCUAAAUAUAACUAAAAAUAGUUACAUGGAUUUGUUCCCCAAAGAACAAUUGGUCUACCUUACGCCACAUUGUAGGGAGAAUUUGAAGACAUUUAGUCAUGAUGAUAUAUACAUAAUAGGUGCAAUGGUUGAUAAAGUGAAUAAUGAUCCACUGUCACUUGGGAAAGCAAAAGCUCUUGGAUUGCGGAUGGCAAGACUACCAUUGGAUGUGCAUUUAGAUUGGGGAAUCGGAACUAAAUCACUCACCUUGAACCAAGUGCAAGCAAUUCUAUUAGAUAUAAAGAAAUAUGGUGACUGGAACAAAGCUUUACAACAUGUUCCAAAGAGAAAGUUAAAGAAAAAUGAAGAAGAAAACAAGUCAAAAAAGAAUUUUCAUUAUCUGAAAAAGAGGAAUCUUAUUCAUUAAGUAAAUUUUUUGAGCAUAAUUAAAUGAGGAUCAUUUUACAUAUUGAAUUUGCAUUAUUUUAUCUAAUUCCUCUGUCUUAUCUUGGUCUGAAUUGUUGAAUUAAAUAAUGUAUACAAUAAUAAUUGCAAACUAACUUAAAUAUCGUGAACAUUUAAUUUUUUUAAUUCACUUAACUUAUUGUAUAGUUAUACAUAUACAUAUAAGGUUUUUUACUAUGUUGUAUAUAUAGUAUCUUAUAUAGAUCAUGAAAAAUUAAAAAUCCAAGUUUUCCACAAACAAACAUAUUUCGAG